AUGGCCCCUUCAUCAGCCUUCAGCCAAAUCCUCCCUCUCAUCCUCACAUUAGUCGUCGUAGCCGGUAUCGGUUUCGUGGUCUAUCAAGUAUACCUAUCGGCCCUCCAAUUCCGCGACAACACGGCCCAGCGCAUGGAGCGCAAGAACCUCGCCUUUUCCAAAGACGGCGGUCUGCGCGUGAGUGUCAAGGACGUCGGCGACGAAACCUACCUGGACCGGACGCAGAGCUGGUUCGUGAAGGCGUGGGAGUUGGGCGUGGAGGAGGAGAACGCGAACAAGAAGAGAAAGAAGACGGGAAUGUUCAGAAAGGCGGCCUAG